AGUCUGGGAGGUCCAAGAUCAAGAUGGUAGCAUGGUUGAGUCCUGGUGUGGCCUCUCUUAGAUGCAGACUGCUGACUUUUUGCUGUGCCUUCCCAUGGCAGAAGAGGGGUCUGUUCAGAACACCUCUGAUGCUGGCACUGACAGCCAAGUUUCUCUGUCUGCUUCAUUCAUACCCAGCUUCAGACCAGGUGGCUGACACUGGAUCAAAAGGGGGCAAAGCAUAAGUGUGGACUUAGAAGGAAUUUAAGAUUUGCAACUGCCGAGCCCAUGCACAGCUGAAAGUCUAACAGGGGGAGAGGUCCACCUGACCCCUCUAUCGUAUGACAAUGUUGUGGCAAGCUGUCACCCUCACACUCCUUCUGCUCCUCAAGGGAUAUCAGGGCCAAGAAUGCUCAGAUAUUGGUGAUGUGGUCCGCCUUUCUGGACAGUCUGUCUCGCUCCAGCCUCCCAACACACAGAUGAAGGCACAGAGUGUUGAAUGGAAGAUGAAUCUCUUCUCACAUGGAAGCAACAUGGUGAUACUGCGUUUGAAGAAUAAUAAAAAUCUGAUCUAUUGUCCGCUUGCCUUAAACUAUUUGAACAGUACACUCAAUUUUGACAGUGAGACCUUGACUCUUCACAUCCAGGCAGCUAAGCCACAGUACAGUGGUCUCUACAAACUGGAGAUAACCAAUGAGAAUGGGACAGUUUCCUGUAUCCAGUUUAAGGUCUUUAUAUUUGAUCAUGUAGAGAAGCCCCUCCUGCAGGUAGAGAAAAAGACCAUGGAUGAAGGAAAAUGUCAAGUGGUUCUGUCCUGCCUGGGCUCCAAGAAUAGCAGUGUGAGCUAUGCUUGGUACAGAGGGAGCAAGCUGAUCUGGACAUCGAGGAACCUUUCCCAUCUGGUGGUGCAGAUUGAUGCUAAUGAGAUGAACACAUAUACCUGCAAUGUCAGCAACCCUGCCAGCUGGGCAAGUGAAAGCCUCAAUCUCACCCAGGACUGUCUGGAACACAGGUUUUGGCCCCUCUGGGUGGUCAUCGUGAUUCUAGUCACACUGCUUCUUUGCACCCUUACUUGCUUCUGUGUGUGGAAGAGGAAGAAAAGGCAGUCACAAUCCAGCCCAUCAGAACUGACAGUGUAUGAAGACAUCAAGGAAAUCAGGAGGAAUCAAUAUUCUGAGCCCACAUCACAAUCACAAGAAAGUGCUGUUACCUUAUAUUCAGUAAUACAAGUUUCCCAGAAGGCUAGUUUCAAGAAGAGGAAUGAAGACCCUUCCUGCAGUGGCACCAUCUAUGAUCAGGUUGGAAGCAGACCAGUCAAAGCUUAUAACCCUGCCCGAUUGAGCCGCAAAGAGCUGGAGAACUUCAAAAUUCAUUGCUAGUUGCUGUAGCUGUCCUCACUUUUCUUCUAUUUGAACAUCCUCUCUGGGAACCAGCAUGAUGGAUGGUACUGCCUGAAUCUGUGGACCAGGUCUUAGUCUGCAGAAGAUGUUGAAGUUUAUUCACACCUUCUAGUUUGUUUUGAAAAUGAUUUUGAACAGCCAUUACAAGAGCAAGGUUGUUAAAUAAGAUCUCUCAACUUGCAGACCAGACAAGAACAGGUGGAGAACUUGGGUGGGCCACAUUCUGAGCACUUGUAACCUCUAAAGUGUUAUGUAAGUAUAGAUGCCCAUGCCCUAAUUUCUAACCUGUUACUUGUUUCCCCUCCUUGCUGACCUGGGAUGAGUACAUUUCUAGAUGCUCCUUUUGCCAAGGCCCAGCUUCCAAAGCAAGAGCCAGGAAAACUGAUGGUGACUUGGAGGCUGUGAGCUGGUUGGCGGGUUCUCACAGUAGGGACCUAAGCUUCACUCAAAUGCCAGGAGAAAAUUCCCCACCCUGAUGUCAUACACUGAUCUGGCUAGUUGGUCACAAGAGUAAGUGGGAGGAGUGAGGGUAGGUGGUGGUACAAGUUAAGGUCAUCUUUGAAUAGGAAAAUCAACCCAAGCCUGAGCCCGUGGUGUCCUGUAAUUGGGAGGUGAAACUACCUGUGUUCGCAGCAGCGUGUUGGACUUACAAACACUCAUUACUGUGCUGGCUUUCUCCUAGACAGCAGUGAGGACAGGCCACAUUUUAAAGCAAGAGCCUUUUUCACAGAAGAAGAGGCUUUUCAGGGACCGUGUCUUAUUUUAGUUCUGCCACCUGGACAGAGGACUCAGACAAUCUUGUGCCAAGGAAGACGCAGUUGGAAACUGACUCCGUGUUGGGUUUCCUGCUCUUCAGGCCAGCACCCUGAGCAAGGCCAUGGGGAGCAUGGCUGAGACUGGCUGAGCCUGGAAGGGAAAAAGGGGUGAUGGGGAAUUGGGAAGUGUCUACCAGAGACCCCAACUGGUGAUACUGUUAAGAGCUCACUUCUUCAAUUGACCCCACCCUGCACUGAACAUAAGCAUUUAAUUAAAAAAAAAAAAAACUUUGGUGUCCUACAGAGGAUCUCUAAAUCUUUUGCCUAAAUUAAAUUUAUGUAUCUUUUUCA